AUGCCCGAAAUGGAGGCUCAUCCAGUUCUUCCCAAGAUGAUUGAACUUCAGAAGACGCGGGACUCUGCUCUUUACCUCCCUCGCGGCUGGCUUAUCCUCGAAAAACUGAGUGAGCAUCCGACCCCGGUUACUCGCGAAGAUUUUGACAACGGAAUGGGUCCCGCAUAUACCUCUGGAAAGUAUCUUUGUCGCCUUGCAGGUGCCGGGAACGAAGGGAAGCUCGCCUAUAUGCGGAUCUACAAACAAAUUCCUCUAGCUGGCACUGAGCUUGACAACUUGGACGUUCGGAAGGCACAGGCCUCCGAGUCUCGAAACCACGUAGAGCUGGAUGCCUUGAAGUAUCUAACUGAAAACAGGUGCACUGCUACCCCCAAACUCCGUGGAUAUGGAAUCGAAAAGCAAGACUCAACGACCUUGUCCCCGGCGGAUAUAUCAUGUACGUUGUAUGGGAAAAGGUCCCAGGAGAUUCUCUUGAUCCUAAAGAGUUCUGGAACCUUCCCUACGACAAACGAGAGAUCAUCCGUGACAACUUCAAAAAGGCCUACACGUUUGAGGUUUGGGUACGAGCUGAGCUUGGCGACGGCACCAAAGAUCAUACUUGACAAGGCCACAGGUGAUGUCAAAAUCUCCGGAUUCAGGCGGGCUGGCCGCAUCCCCCGAAACACAGGCUGGGACGACUACAACUUCGUGAUGUUUUUCCUGGUCCUAACCUCCCCUGCCCGGUACCAAUACAUUCCCACCAUGGCGAAUGAUCUCAAACAAGGAGAAGGCAAUGGCUGGAUCUGGUGA